AUUGAGAAGAUAAAUUUAUUUUAAUAUGAACACUGCAAUCUUGUUUAGCUCAAAAAUACUAACUUUGACCGCAAUUUUCUUAUAGGUUAAUUGAUAAUUACGAUAACACAAUAGGCUGGUACAAGUAUUUGUACUUUUUUUUCUUAAUCUGAAUUAGUAACGCGGAUUUUAUGAUAAGCCUUAAAAAUCACUCUGUAGGUAUACGUACCUUAAAGCCAUGGUACUUAUUUCUGUAAGGAUUCGCAGGAACAAUAAUUUAUUUUUUUUGAGCCAAUAAUGAGAAAACGCGAAGAUUAGAUUUCCAAGCUGAUUAUUACGUAAUUGACCUAGUUUGGUAGCUCCCGACCUGUUUCCUGAUUAAAUACUUUUAUAAAAUUCAAAGCGCGGUAAGGGGCCGCCUCAGGCCAAUUUAGGGUUAACUCAGGGGUGGGACAAUAUGGAAAUGUGUGAUCUGUGAUCUGGUAUUUUUAUUAUAAUUCGAUUUCAAUACCUCAAUAACGAUGGACGCGAAAGCACGCGCCCUUACUGAGAUUUAUAAAAGUUUAGAACUGUGCAACUAUUGCACCCGGAUGAUCGGGCUGUCUUUCAUUGACGCGGUGCCGAGUAACGCGUGGGCGCGCGCGCGGAGCGGCGCGCUAUACGCGGUUUCGGCGCUGGCUGUGAUGCUGCUGGUGGCGGGCGAGAUCACCUACGUCGCCGGCCUCGUCAUCAACACCUCGUCCGUCGCGGAGUUCGUGUCGAGCUUGCAUAUUGUUGGAUACGGUAUGAUGGGUACGUCCAAACUUCUUACUCUGUGGUUCAAACGACAUACGUUUCGAAGAUUGCUGAUUGACUUGGCAGAGAUAUGGCCGGUAACUUGUGAAAAUGAGGAGGAAGAUAAAAUUAAGGAAGAAAGCUUAAGAGCACUUCGAUUGGGACAAUCUUGGUAUACAUUUUUCAACGUGUUUGGCGUGGCAAUGUAUAACAUAACGCCUAUAGGAGUUUAUCUUUACCGGAGAAUCCAAAAUCAACCUUCGGAUCUGGGCUAUGUGUGGCACGCGACAUAUCCCUUUGAUAAAACCAAGAGCAUUUAUCAUGAAUUUGUUUACGCGUUUGAAGUGUUUUCAGGUACAUCAAGUGUGUGGGGCAUGUUGGGCUCCGACAUGAUGUUCACGACGAUGGCGAGCCACAUCAGCAUGCUGCUCCGCCAGCUGCAGGUGAAGGUCCGGCGACUGGCCGCCAAUGCAGACCCUGCGGGACAGUCCCUUGACAGUAUCGAUUGCUACGGCGACAUAGUGAAGCUUGUCAAAAUACAUCAAAGACUCAUUAGUUACAGAAACGACAUGGAGGACACAUUCUCAUUUCUCAAUCUAAUCAACGUUCUGUUCAGUUCCGGCAACAUAUGCUGCGUCGUAUUUGUCAUCGUUCUUCUCGAGCCUUGGAUGGACAUGAGUAACAAAUUAUUUUUGGGAGCGGUGAUGACUCAAGUUGGGAUUCUUUGUUCUUACGCCGAUGACGUAUAUCGAGCAAGCGUGGGGGUAGCGGACGCGGUGUACGAGAGCGGUUGGUGGGCCGCCGACGGGCGCGCGCGUAUGGCUCUUCUCGUCCUGAUGCAAAGAUCUCAAAAGCCGUUAUAUUUCACAGCGCUGAAAUUUGGCCCGAUUACAAUGACAACUUAUCGUUCUAUAAUAACGAACUCUUAUUCUUAUUUUACUCUUUUAUAUACGGUUUAUAGAAGUGACUAAAAUAAGAUAUUGUAGGCUACCACGAGACUUUAAUUUAUUAAUACCCACGAGCACUUGUUAGUGAAUGUAAAUCAUGUCUAACUUAAAUACAAUAAAUACUCGUAGGUGAAAAAGAGCUUUGUUUCUCUUAAAUUGAAUACCUGGGUGACAGUGUAUGAAAACUUGAGUAAUUAUUUAUUAUUUCUGAAUAAAAUUAUAGAGGUAAAGGAUGACUCACGCUAGACCGGGCUGGGGCCGGACCGGAGCUUCCUGCGCUUCGUUUUCAAUGGAAUGCCCCACGUGAUCACCGAUCAGCCAUCAUAGACAAUGAGGUGUCGGACGCCACAUAGACAAUGAGGAGUCAGCCUUUACUUUUUCUUGUGUAGCUCAGAGGUAACGGUAAAACACAUCACUAGGCAAAAUAUAAUCCGUGAAAAAUUGCUUUUUUUUCUUAAUUCUGCCUUGUGCCUUUCUCUAAAGUAUUUUUCAGCUCUAAUCAAUUUUACUGCUCUCUUCUUCUACCUAACUAAAUAAAUAAAUAUUAUAGGACAUUAUUACACAAAUUGACUAAGUCCCACAGUAAGCUCAAUAAGGCUUGUGUUGAGGGUACAUAGACAACGAUAUAUACAAUAUAUAAAUAUUUAUAAAUACUUAAAUACAUAGAAAACACCCAUGACUCAGGAACAAAUAUCCAUGCUCAUCACACAAAUAAAUGCCCUUACCAGGAUUUGAACCCGGGACCAUCAGCUUCGUAGGCAGGGUCACUACCCACUAGGCCAAACCGGUCGUAAAUGCUAAACGAUUUACCUGUAGCUUAACUACCUUACUGUUAUUAUACGAGUAGAAAAUAGUUAUCUACCAUACAAGUGCGAAAAAUAGGAUUAUACGUAACGAGUGGCGAUAAAUUAAAACACGACCUAAGGGAGUGUUUUAAAUCGACACGAGUUGCGAAUUACCUAUUCGCACAUGUAUCGUACAACGUUUUACAGUACAUAUGACGCUGAAUUUUCGACAUAGUUACAUAAUGUGUUAAUUAACGCACUAGUGCAGAAAAGUAGCACCAUAUGUACUGUAAAAUACAUUC